AUGCCGCGCCCGGGGCGGAGGGGAAGGGCUGGGCAGGCCGCGGGUUCCGGUUCCGGGCCGGCAUUUUCCCUGCGCCCAAGGCGGGAAAUGGCGGCCGGGCCGGCGGGGCAGGCGGAGGCGGGGCCGCCCCUCCGCCAGGCCGGCGAGCCGCGGGACCCGCGGGUGCAGUGCUGCUCCCGGCGCAGCCUGGGCGAGGUGAUCGGGCUCUGCGCGCCCUUCGUGCGGGCCCUGGCGGAGGGGCAGCCGGGCGGGGCCGCCGCCGGAGACGCGCUCUGGAACUUUGAAACAGCGGUGCGGGAGAACGUCACCGUCGAUGGGCAGCCCUGGGAGGAGAUUUCGGGCGACUCCGAGCGGCAGGGCGGUUCCAGCAUUAAAAUUCUUGAAGAUGAAUUUGAUGACCUAAUAGUAGAGACGGCAACAAAGCGUAAGCAGUGGCCUAAAAAGAUAUUGAUGCAUUGUAUCCAAACCAUGAAAGCAGAGCAAGAGAUGUUGAAGCUCUACCAGCCAGUUGUAACACCAGAAGAGAUAAGGCUACAGCCUUCUCAAGAUGCUUACAUGACAGAUCUGAAGCAGCUGACAGAAUUGGCAUCCAAACAGAUCAGUGGAGCAAUGAAGUCUCUCCCAGUGCUAACAGAAAGAGCAGAAGGUUUCUCCCAAGCUUUAACAUGGCAACCCGUCUUGGAACUCUGCAAGCUGCGGCAAGAAGUCUUUGCUGGUUGCAAGGUGAAGGAGGAAAACAAUGUCCAAAAUUUCAUAUCACCAGGAGAAGUCACACCAACAGACGCUGAUACAAGUAAAAAUUCUUGUGUUUUGCUAAAAAGAAAAAAACCUGUGGGGUCACUGGAAAGAAAACGCUACCCACUCCGACCGAGGAAAAUUACUCUCAGCGCAUGAAUUUCUCAUUCAGUACUUUCAGACUGGAAACUCAGUUGUACUCUUGUUCAGUCUGCUCAGUCUUUUUUCUUAAACCUUUGUCUCUCCUGUAAUGCAGUGCUAUACAUGGGAGCUUCCUUGAUUAUUUAGCCUUUGAUCCUUUUAAAGAUUCCUAUUUUUACUGUUACGCUGAUGGUAUAUGAAAGCCUACGUGUAGUAGUAGCAUCUGGUAUCCAACUUAUAUUUGCUGAUGAACUCUCGUUUGCUCUUUUAUUACAGCAUUGAGCUUGAGUCUUCCAUGAGUUGUGCACAUGCUUUAUGCAUGUGGGCCAUCUCUUAGGAAACCACUAAGUGCUCAUUUACGUUAAGCACAUCUCUAAAGAGGUUGGAGAAUGUCUAGUUCUCCCAAUGCACUUUCAAUUAUUACUGAGUUGGGUGGCUAUUUUUUAAAAUAAAUAAAUUUAAAAGAAAGUCAUACUGGACCAUAUUGGAAACACCAGAUUUGAUACAAUGUUACAGUUCUUAGAAAAUUCACACACAAAUGUGUUACAUUGGUCCUUGCUCUUCCACCUUUCCUGAAUUUAGGAAAUUUAGGUGGGCUUAUUCAUAGUCAUGUUUGUUUAAACUCAAGAUUUUUAGUUAUUGCAUAUAUUUACUUGCAGUGUGCUCUUCUGAAAAAGGAAUCGACCAUCCACAUCUUAACAUCUGGUAUUUCAUUUUGUGUAAUACAAUUAUGCAGUCUGAGGGUUUCCUGGACAACAUUUCGGCACAUACCAGGAUCUUGACUUGGGUCAUGUACGAAUUUGUGAUGUUUGACUAAACUUUAAAGAUCAGUAUAGGCUACCAGUAAAUGGCAUUAAGUUGAGCUAGCUUACAUGUGUUUUUUUUCUUUCAGAUUAGUACCUAGGCGAUUGCACAGUAGUGCAGAAUGGAGCCUUGUGCCUUAACCAUUCGUAUCUUUCUGGUUUAUGACUGCAUGUGCUUGCAGUAAAUACUUAUAUGUAAUGUAUUUCUCACACAGUAAGUGGAGGGGUUUUUAGAAGCUUUAUUAUAGAAAUGUGCUGUGGUAAGGAGAUAGGUCCAACAUAAUGUCUAAGAGACAAAAUUUUCAAGAAAAUGUGGGACAGAUUUUAGCAUCAUUUGCUUUGUAAAGGUGAGCAUCUGUAUUGAGACUUUGUAUAUUUAAUCAUAUGUAAAUACUUGUUUCCCAUCACCCUUGUAAAUACAAAUGUGUGUUUUUAUACCAAGUAAAUUAAUUAAGAAAGAUCAAAGUUUCAGAUAA